AUGGCGUCCCUGAGACAUGUCGUCGUCGCCGCCGUCACGGCCUUGGGCCCGGCGGGCGUCUCGGCCCUCUUCACAAACGGCUCCGUCGUCGCCCCGUGCGACUCGCCCAUCUACUGCCACGGCGACAUCCUCCAGGAGAUUGAGCUGGCCCAGCCGUUUGCAGACUCCAAGACCUUUGUCGACAUGCCCGCCACAAAGUCGCUCCAGGAGAUCCAAGACGCCUUUGCCAAGCUUGCCAAGCCCGUGAAAAACGACUCGGCCCUGCACGACUUCCUCAACCAGCACUUUGGCCAGGCCGGCGGCGAGCUGUCCCCCGUGCCGCGCGACCAGCUCAAGACGGAUCCCCUCUUCCUCAACAACCUCUCGGACACCGUCAUCCGCGAGUUCGUCGGCAAGGUCAUUGACAUCUGGCCCGACCUGACGCGCUCUUACUCGCCCUCGACGGGCAACUGCUCCGCCGCAGACGGGGGCCAGUGCCCGAGCAGCUUCAUCCCCAUCAACCACACCUUUGUCGUGGCCGGCGGCCGCUUCCGCGAGCCCUACUACUGGGAUUCGUACUGGAUUCUCGAGGGCCUGCUGCGCACGCGCGGGGCCUUCACCGAGAUUGCGCGCAACACGAUUGAUAACUUCCUCGACUUGGUGGAGCGCUUCGGCCUGAUCCCUAACGGCGCCCGUGUCUACUACCUCAACCGCUCGCAGCCGCCCAUGCUGACGCAGAUGGUGCGCAUCUACAUGGAACACACGGGCGACGCCGCCAUCCUCGACCGCGCCCUGCCGCUGCUCGUGCGCGAGCACGACUUCUGGGCCCGGAACCGCUCCGUCGACAUCGCCGGCCCCUGCGGCAAGAACUACACCCUCUCGCGCUACGCCGUCGAGAACACGCAGCCGCGGCCGGAGUCGUUCCGCGAGGACUACCAGAUGGCGAACAACGCGUCGUACUUCUCCGCCACCUCGGGCAGCGUCUUCAACGAGACGGCGCCCCUCGACGACGCCCAGCGCGCCGAGCUCUACGCCAACCUGGCCACGGCCGCCGAGUCGGGCUGGGACUUCUCGUCGCGCUGGCUGUCGCGCCCGCAGGACUCGGCGCGCGACGACUACUUCCCGCUGCGCUCGCUCAACGGCCGCAACGUGGUGCCCGUGUGCCUCAACUCGAUUCUCUACGCAAACGAGCGCGCCAUUGCCGGCUUCUUCCGCCAGAGGGGCAACGGCUCGGCCGCCGGCGACUGGGACGGCCGAGCCGCGCGCCGCAGCGAGGCCAUGCACGCGCUGCUGUGGAACGAGACGCUCUUCACCUACUUCGACUACAACCUGACGUCGCGCGCCCACGACGUCUACGUGCCCGUCGACGACGACGCCGCCGCCGAGGACAAGACGGGCGCGCCCGAGGGCUACCAGGUGCUCUUCCACGCCGCGCAGCUGUUCCCCUUCUGGCUCGGCGCCGCGCGCGAGGACCUCAAGAAGCCGUCGGCCGUCAAGAGGGCCUACGCCCGCGUCGCGCGCUACCUCGACGCGCGCGCCGGCGGCAUCCCGGCCACAAACUACCAGACGGCCCAGCAGUGGGACCAGCCCAACGUGUGGCCGCCCCUCAUGCACCCGCUCAUGCAGGGGCUGCUCAACACGGCCCCGGGGCCGGAGCCCUCGGGCCCCGCUCCGGCCGGCGGCGCCGACGAGCAGCAGGCCCACCGCGACGUGCACGCCCUGGCCGUCAAGCUGGCCCAGCGCUACCUCGACUCGACCUUUUGCACCUGGUACGCCACGGGCGGCUUCACCUCGGAGACGCCCAAGCUGCCGGGGCUGACCGACGCCGACACGGGCAUCAUGUUUGAAAAGUACGCCGACAACUCGACCAACGUGGCCGGCGGCGGCGGCGAGUACGAGGUCGUCGAGGGCUUCGGCUGGACCAACGGCGUCCUCAUCUGGGCUGCCGACACCUUCUCCGCCGAGCUGAAGCGCCCGGACUGCGGAGACAUCAAGGCUGCCAAGAGCGGCGCUGACGGAGGCGGUGGCAAUGCGCGGCGCAGCAGCAGCGCCGUCCAUCUCGAUGCCCGGGAUGCGCGGAGGAUAAAGAUGUUUGGUAGCCGGCCUAAUAAGAGGUAA